UCGCCGGUGUACAGUGAGCGAUCGCGCCCGCCACGCGCCGCCCGCCUAGCGCCCGCCUAAACGAAUGCGCCCGCGCAUCGUAACCGUAACACCACUUCAGCUUUAAUACAAUUUUUCUAUUAAAACGACGUAACAGCGAGCUGGUACGAUGGUCGCGGGAGACGUAACCCGGCGUGCAUCCAUCACGGCGCCGUCGAUGCACCGUCGGCCUUCAGCGAGACGCGGCUCACUCAUCAAAGGCUCGCAGUCUACGUCACAGGAGGUGCCAUGGGACAUCAUCGACCGGUGCGCUCUACCGAUAGUACUGUGCCAUGCCUUGGCCGUGGUGCUAUCGACAGUCCUCAACGCCAUGCACCUUAGCUCCGUGUCAGUGUUCACACUCUUCCUCUGGUUCUCAAUCUCCGUCACCGGAUCUCUCUGGUUCUACCAUAAUCUUCAGGUAACCGCAGCUGGAAAAGCUGUGUUGGUGACGGGCUGUGAUAACGUGCUGGGAAAUGCUCUCGCAAGACGUCUGGAUGACCUCGGCUAUCAUGUCUUCGCUGGAUUCCAAAGUAAAGCCGGCAACAUAGACGCCGACAUGCUCAAAGAAGACUGUUCUGGAAGAUUGCAUACACUCCAACUUGACAUUACGUCAGAAACUCAGAUUCUCUCGGCGUCUCUGUACAUCGUGGACCAUCUACCAGAGGGCGCUCAGGGGCUGUGGGCCAUCGUCAACUGCGAAUCGUGGUGUGCGCUGGGUGAACUAGAAUGGGUGCCUUUCUCCGUCAUCAAACGUGCGAUGGAUGUCAACUUGCUUGGUCCAGCUCGGCUGGUGCAGGUGAUGCUUCCUCUAGUAAGGCGUGCACGGGGCCGCGUGGUGCUGGCCUCUUCGAUCCUCACCCACGUGGCCGCUCCAGUGCGCGGUGUCCAUGCUGCCUCGCUUGCUGCCCUGGAUGCUCUAGCAGCCUGCCUCCGUCGUGAACUCAAACCACGAGGCGUUGAUUGCGUGGUGGUGGCAGCUGGAGAGUACACAACGGGCAGUGCCUGGCUAUCCGAGGAGAAACUUCUGGAACAAGCGCGCGACAUGUGGAAGAGACUCAGCGAUGAACAAAAAGGCGCAUACGGUGAAGACUACUUCGAAAACGCCCUGCGAAGCCUUGAGAAGUACACUAAAAGCGCUGACGCCGACCUGACCGCCGUGACACGUGCCCUGAGUGAUGGAGUGACACGCACGUUCCCGCUCGCACGCUACACGCCCGUCUCCCCCCGAGAGAAGCUAAAGUCCUUGCUCGCCGAGCACAUGCCGCGAUCCCUCUACGAAGGCCUCUACACUGAUUAAGCCUGCUCAACUCUAACAACUGUUAAAACCUCGGUUUAUAUCUCACUGACCCUAUAAACCUUUAUAUCUUUAACAACAAAUUUAAAUUUACACAGCGGGUAUAAAGGUCAAAUGUGAAAAACAAAGUAUAACCGACGGUGCCGUUCAUACCUACCAUCAAAAUGCGAAUUCGCUUUCAUCUCGAACUUUGAGUUUACGGGAUCAAAUUGUUAAAGUUAUGAUAUUCGCGGUAGGUCUUAAAAUAUAUUUAUUGUUACCAUCUGGAAAGUAUGCCAUUGGUCAAAUAAUUUUAAGAUGAUAUGAUGCUGGAAAUAUCGUUAUUCAAGGAAUUGCACUGGAAUAUAUAAAUAUAGAUAUAUUCAAGGAGCUGGCAUACUGGUUAUCUUAGUGCAAUAAACAAUUAGCAUCUACAUAAUACGUGGGUAACGUGGUUGGCGUGUGCCAAAUGAAACUCUCAUGCAGAGCACUCGAGUUAUGUAACUGUAUAAGCUGAAGACGGUUCACCAUUUCUAGGGAACUACAACCCACUUGAUCACAUUAUAUUAUAAUCACCUACACACUAAAAAACAUCAGCAUCGCCCUAAGCCAGUGUAAUAAAUUAACUUUUAACAAUCAUGUCAGAAUUAUAAUAAAAAGCUUUUGUCUGUUAUCUAAACGUCAGCCAAUGAGACUGUUUAUGACAUUUUGUUAAUUAACAAAAGAUUCACUCGACCGUUCCAUUAUAAUCUCCGUUUUCAUCUUUUGUGUAAAUUAGACGCCUACAAAAUUAUGUAUCAGACUAGACCCGGCUCUAGGGCAACACUCGCUAGUACAAAAUGAAAUUGCUCGGGCAUGUACUGUUCCAUAUCAAGUUACAUUGUAAAAAUAUAAGUCGUAGUAAAUAUCAACCAAUAUAGGUAUAUACUUUGAAAUCUGAUAAGUAGAUAAGUGACUACCUAAAUGUUAGUACUCAGGUCAGCUUGACCCGAUUAUUUGUUGGCACUCGAUCAAUUCUGUCAGUCGCGUAUGUUGCUGAUCCAUUUUCGCAUUUAAUGUGUGGUUUUCCAUCAUUCAUACUAAGGUAAAUAAUUAUCGAAUAGUGAAAUUGGUCGAAAUGAGCGUUAUUUAAACCAUUUACGUGUUGGUUGUGGUGGUACGACCAAAAGACAUUAAUUAUGUGCUUGCUGAAGCAAAUCUCUUGAGACUAAAUAAACUUUUGUCUACGAUACGCUAUUUGCGUGAAGUUUAAAAUAUAAAUUUAUUAACCAGUCUGUAAGUUAGCCUACAUGUGCUCGGACAACGAAAAUCCACCACUAAAACCAACCGCCUUGAAAUUCGUUUAAAUGACGCACAAUGUAAAUCUAUCUAUGUAUAUUGUAUAUGCUUACUUACUAAUGUACAAUUACGUUAUUAUUGUGUAUAUUCACAGUUGUAGAAGUAAUGUAAAAUAUUACGUGUUGUGUACAAUGUUACAGUAUUUCGAAUAAAUGUUCCCGUGUGUUAUCAUGCAUCAUUAGUCCGUCUUAUCAAUGACAAUUAUCAACUGGAGGCCUUUCCUUUGGUUGGUAUCGUGUAUGUCGUGUAUCACAUCGCCCAUGUUUGCAAAUACUUGCUUUAUGUGUUUGUAUUCGUAUAAUGUUAAAAGUGCAGCCGGGACGUGGAGUGCCAUGAAUUCACAAUCACCACCUGCCUGCUGCAUUUUUGAAGUGCAUUUAAGUACGGCAUACAGACAUAAUUCGUUAUUUUCUAGAUUAAUUAUAGUUCUAUCGCGUGUGAGAUAAUUUUAUAAAAUGUGUCUUUUAAAUAAAUAAAAA